AAGAAGCGCGCUAUUUUGGUUGGAAAAUGUAAACAUUGUGUACAUGUUGAUGAUUAUUAUUAAUAAGAUUUUUGAAAUAAUUGCUAUGUAGCUAUAUCUUUGCUAUAUCUUUAUAAUUAAUAUGAUUAGUUUAUGUUCGAAAUAUUAUAUUGAAGAAGACAUAUUUAAUCCAAAUUAUGUUGCCUACUAAUUCCGAAAAAGAGAAACUGUUUUCAAAGUCAGUUUGUGUCACUGUCAAAGAUGGAAGUUCCAUACAAUGCCGAACUUCUAGAUUGCUUUUAACAGUUGAAUGGCAAGAGGCACCAAGUUCUUUGCACAGACAGGAACUUUUGAUUACUUUAACAGACAAUAAUGAUCCUUUUUUCCUGUACCAUCUACAAUUGUCAGAGGAAGAUUUUCAAAUGUUGAAAACAAGCCAGGGUUUAUUAGUUGAUUUUUCAGCUUUUCCACAGAAAUUUAUUGAUUUAAUUGAAGUAUGCCUUGCUGAAGAAAACAAGCCUCAACCAAAAUUUUUAUUGAUGUUUCAUAUGAGUGAUAAAGCCGGGCAUUUUGCAUCAUCUUCUCAGCUAGACAUUGUGGAAACAAAUCCAUUCAAACACUUGACACAUUUGUCUCUGAAAUUUGUUCCAGCUACUGAUUCUACUGUAAAGCAGUAUUUGGCUACUUGCUUUAAAAACCUUAAGGAUGAAAAUUAUCAACUUCACACCAAAUUGAAUCAAUUAAAUCAAGAUUAUAAUGAUCAUGUAUCCAGUAGUCGAGUGGCUCUUGACCAGAAAGUACAAGAACUUGAGAUGGUGCGGAAACAACUGAGUGUUGAGUUGUCCAUGAUGGACAGCAAGCAUGCCAGAGAACUGCAGGAGGAAAAGGAUAAAUUUCUCCAUAAACAAAAAGAAGUAGAAUCCAGGCUAGAAAAAGAAAGGAAAGAGCAGGAAGAUAAUUUUCGUAAAGAGACUCAAAGAUUGGAGGCACGAGUUACUUGUCUUUCUACUCUUAAUAAGGAUCUUCAAGAGAAAAAUUCCAAAUAUGAAAAUUCAAUCCGUGAAUUGAGAUCAGAAAUACAGCAUUUGGAAGAGGAAUCCAGAAAAAAUAAAGAAGCUCUGCGAAAUUACAAAGCUGAGAAUGAGACACUACAAAAUGAGGUUGGAGAGAAGAGAUUGAGGCUAAGUAACCAAAAGAAAUCUAUUGAAGAACUGGAAAAAGAAGUAGCCCAUAAGAAACAACAAAUUGAAAGACUAGAAGAAAUAGUUAAUCAUCAUCAAAAACAAGAAAAAGCUUUCGAACUAGAAUUGGAAGAAGUAAAUUCAAAGUUCCAAAGAAAUCUUAAAAGAUGUGAUUAUUUAGAAGAAGAUAUUUCAAAAGCAAAUGAGGUUAUAGACAAAUUGCAGAGAGAAAUUCAAUCUGGACAUGAAAAGUUAAAACAGAAGAAUUAUCUCCUUUCCAAGCAAGAGCUAAGUCUUUCAGAAAAAGAUAAAAUUAUUCAAAUGUUGCAAAAGGAAUUGAAAGAUACCAAGUUAGAUUUAAAAAGGAAAAAUAGCGAGGUGAAAAAUUUAUCUGACUCCAUCACAUCUCUUGAAGAGAAAGUUAAUAAUUUGGAGAAAGAUUUGAAAUCCCGAGAUGGUGUAAUAAAAUAUCUGAAUCGCCAACUUACCGAUCGAUGUAUUCUUCCUCAGUAUGUUCCUCCAUCUAGCCUUGCCAUUAGUCCCGCUCAGGCUGUAAAGAUUAAUUCUGCUGGAGAUGUUGGGGCUCUAGCACUUGGAUCUGAAAAAUCCAAAGGAAUGAUAGGAAGAAAUGAUUCCACUCCUUAUAAAGAAGAAAGCCAUAAUUCUGCACAGACACCUGUUGAUUCUGCAUACAUCUCUUCACCCUCUGGUGCAACUAGGAAUGCAAGUGCAAGUCCUGCUGGUGAUAAUAAUAAUGCUGUAAAUUUUGAACUGGACGCUUCUGCAUUAAGUGCAGCGUUUGGUUCUGGACAGGCCUUAAAGCACAGCACUGCAAAGAAAUCCCUCGGUGGUAGAAGCAAUAAAAAUAUUGUUAAAAAAAAGUGAUGCAUUUCCAUUCCUUAAAAAAAAUUUUUUUAUAAAAAAUUAUUUAUUUAUAAAAAGACAAUAGACUUGUGAUCUGUAAUUUAAAAACUGAAAAUGACUGAGAUAAUUUUUGUAUUUCUUUUGUAUUGUCUGUAUGAAUUAUAUGCUUAAUUGAAAUGUUACAUUUAAAAAAAUUAAAUCAGUUUAUUGUUAGUUUGUUGUGACAAUAUAGGGGCUUUCAAAAACUGACCUUAAAACAAGUUAGUUAUUUUUAAAUUUUGAUUAGUAUGCAAUGUCCAAAUGAAAAAAUAACAGAAGUCAAAAUAAAAUUUAAGAAAACUAUCCAUAUAACAAAAUAUUGAGAAUUUUACCAUGUGAUAGUGGUUUAUCUUUAAAAUGAUGAUAGCUGAGCUUGGCAUCACCCCAUUUUGAAUUUUUAGGAAAUCAGUUUUAUUUUACUGUUAUAUUUUAUGUUAGUGGAAAAAAAAAACUAAAUAAUAUAUAUAUUUUAUAAAAUUAUCUUUCAAAGCUGAAAUUUCUAGGUUAUUUUUACAUACAUAAUUGUUUUCUUGUACAUUUAAUAUCCCUACAUAUUUCGUGUUCUUACAUGAUUUUAAGAUCCCUGCACAUUGAGAGUAAUUUAAAAAAAAAAAUUGUCAAAUGUUUCUGUUUUUGAUAUUGAACAUUUCUUCAAUAUGGAGCUUAGAUUAUUUCUAAAACCGCAGUUAUUUAUUUAUUUUUUAAAUUUUUUACAAUGGUUAUAAAAUUGCUUGGAUUUCUGCUUUUAUUUAUUUUUUAACAGUGUUAAUAUUUGAUAAGCUCUAUUUUUGUAAAAUAAAGGAUUUCUUGACUUAGGAAUGCAUUCGUUAAUUUAUACUUGCUCUUCAUGCUAUGAAAUACAGUUGCAGUUACUACACUAAAGUUGUUGCAUUAAACUCUGUUGUGUUAUAUCAUAAUGAUUUUUGUAAAUAAUAUUAUUUUGUAUAAUUUUUGAUUUGUGUUAAAUUUAUUGAAUAAAUUUUC